UCGCCGCGAUCUCCCCUCCGCACUGAUCCGAGCCGCGAUCUGAUCUCCGCAGUCCGCGAUCUUCUCCUCCUCUGCAGAUCUCACUGCGGGAGUCCCGAUCAUCACCCGACCGCAUGGAGCCCGGGGAGAGCCACCGACUGGUGGAGCCCAACAGGACCAACACCCGGCUGAAGAUCCAGAGUGUCUUCUCAGGAACCAAGGACCUCUUCCCAGGAUUUCCCUUCACCAAUGGCAGCCCGGCCGUGUCCAUUGAGCUGGAGAGGCCCGUGUCCCAACACUGCCAUGGCACAUGCCUACCGUCAGACUGCCAGCAGAAGCUUCAAGCGCGGAAGAAGCUGUACUUUGCCUGCAUUAUAUGCUUCAUCUUCAUGAUCGGGGAGGUGGCAGGGGGUUACCUUGCCCACAGCUUGGCCAUCAUGACAGAUGCAGCUCAUCUCCUCACUGACCUGGGCAGUAUGUGUGUCAGUAUCUUCUCCUUGUGGAUCUCAACGCGACCUCCAACCAAACAUAUGACCUUCGGUUGGCACCGCUCCGAGAUUCUCGGGGCUCUGGCGUCGGUCCUCUCCAUCUGGAUUGUGACGGGGGUGUUGGUGUACCUGGCUGCCGCUCGGAUCAUCAAUAACGACUAUGAUAUUGACGGACACGUCAUGCUGAUCACGUCUGGCUGCGCCGUGGUUGUCAACAUCCUCAUGGCCUACAUCCUUCACCAGUCCACCACCUUCCACGGGCACAGCCACGGCUCAGGGUAUGAGAAAAUCGGAGAGAGUCCUACCGGUGGCCUUCCCCUGCAACUGGGACCCCACGGCAAUACAAGCGUCAGGGCUGCCUUCAUCCACGUGCUCGGAGACCUCCUGCAGAGUAUUGGGGUGAUGGUGGCCGCCAUUAUUAUCUACUUCAAGCCACAGUACAAGAUUGCUGACCCGGUGUGCACCUUCCUCUUCUCCAUCUUUGUACUGGCCACCACCACCACCAUCUUAAGGGACGUCUUCUGGGUGCUGAUGGAAGGUUCCCCUCGCACCAUUGCGUACAGCUCAGUGAAGGAGGUUCUCCUGACCGUCCAGGGGGUUCGCUCGGUGCACUGUCUGCGGCUCUGGGCUCUCACCCUCAGCCAGAACGUGGUGUCUGUACAUCUGGCUAUUGAUGAGAGCUGUGAUGCCGAUACUGUCCUCAAAGAGGCCACCGAAUUACUGCAGACAAAGUUUGAGGUCUUUAUUAGCACGAUCCAGGUGGAACAAUAUAUAGAAGACAUGACGGUGUGCCCACGUUGCCAGGACCCAACUGGAUGACCAGAAAGCCUUACCUAAAAAUUGGCCACCCAUCAUCCUGAGUGGAACCGGAGAAUGGGAGGAGCCAAACGUAACGGUGGGGGUCAGAUCAUUCAUCAUAUGGUCAUGUGUCUUUUUUUAGAGGAACACGUGUCUCCCUGUCCCAUGCUUAAAAAAAAAGACCCACACGCCAACCACACAUUCCCAUCUUGGAAACAUUCCAUGCUCUGAACCUGAAGAAGAGUUGACUUUAUGGCAUUGGAGAGAACAUUGAUGGACAGGUAAUAUGGUAGCUGUUGCUAGAGGUAUAUAACGCCAUGGAGAUAUAAUGUUCACCUCUGAGGCAUGGCAGCCCAUUCAGACUUAAAUGACAUGGGGGGGGGGGGGGAUCUAAGAUCAUCCAAAUAAUGGGACCAUCACCUACAUGUUUGUUCUUAGCAUUUGGAAAAGUCCAACGAAACAAAUGUAACUAAGGUGGCAACCCAUAUCUAUAAAUGCCUUAGGUGACUGUGGUUUCGGGUGUAGUUGGAAGGGUUCAAGGACUGUGAUGAAGCUGCUAAUCCACGGUUUUCUUGUCGGAUUUUCCGAUCGUG